AUGGACACCACCGACUCUACUCCAGCACGCUUCAAACGAGGCAAGCAGACGGCAGAAUAUGCUCAGGCCAUCCGUAACCUUCAGCCGGGAGGGCAACAACGCACCUCAGCGCAAAAGCAGCAGGACAACGCUGCGAACGAGCUUGCCAAGCAAGCUACCAAAGCAUCUGUCGCAAAAAAACGUCAGAAGAAUAUUCACCGUAUUGCCGAAAUCGAAAACGCGCAACUUCAAGAUGACCAAACCUAUGGGAACUUGAGUGCGAAUGCCGUGGCUACUCGCGAGCUGUCUCAAUGUUCGAAGAAGGUCACCACCCUUGAUUGUGUGGACGCCAUGGACGAGAAAUGGGAGGAAGACGAUGGAGAAGACUCGGACAAGUAUACAGAGGAAUCAGACAAUGAUGGGGGCGACAAUGAUGACAACGAUGAGGAGUCGUCUCCUGUCAAGCCCAGUAAAAGGUCUACUAAGGCCAAAGGCAAGCAGAAAACAAGCAAGAAGACGCGAUCUAUCCGUGACGAGGUGAAGGCCUUGAAGAUGGCCCUUGCAGCUGCUACCAAGCGUAAGAGGAUGUCGGUAGAGUCUUCAUCUGAGGACAAUGGAGAUAACGAAGAAGAUGAGCCUGUAAAGAAUUCAAAGAUUGCUUCCAGGAAAGGCAGCAAGGGAAAGCGUGUCAAAAGAAGCGUCGCAAGUGGCCUGGCCGCAGACUGGCAGAAGCAAGCGAAGGGCAACAAGGUCAAGUCUAAGGCUCACUCACAUGAUGCUGACGUUCACAACAAUUUGGAAGAUGCGGACACCUUCAUACCCAUUCCCGAUCCCCUCGAACUGUCACGUGCAUCAUCUCGCUCAUCCUUCUACGACCCAACGGCCCGCACUGAUGACGCUCCAGACAUUGGUGGCAAAUUCGAUGAAGAUGAAAGCGAGGCCGCUCUGGCCAGGGCCAGAGCUUCAAAGGCGUCAAAGGUUUCGCAAGGUGCUACAGCUGAUCGCUCCGCCAACGCGGGAGAGUCACUCAAGCCUAAUUCCCGCUCAACUGCUCAGAUGGGACUGGUCAUCACUGCUGUAAAUGCAGACACCGCCAUCGAGAAGGUGAUCACCGGCACCAGUGCUGGUACACCAGGCGGCGACCCCCCAGGUGGUGGCCGUUCCAUGUAUGCUGACCUUCCUUUCGUGAACGAGGAGGGCUUCAAGAGGCGCUGGGAGGUAGUUAUCCGCCGCACGUGCAACUGGGCCGGCACGGUUGAUGACCCGUGGGGUACCAACACCCACCCCGACCUUUCGCAUACCAUCCAAGCUGCUUGGGCAGCAGCUUUUGCUGACCAUCCGCGCCCCGACGUACGCAUAUUCAACACAGAUGGCAACCAGGUCAUCCUGAAACUGGUAACCGAUUCCCUCAACACGUGGAGGAGCGAGUUCGGAAAGCGGGCCAUCAAACUCCUUCACAACUUCUUUCAAAGUUCGUUGACGCACAAGGACUUGCAGGACAAGCGCGCGAAGUGGGUCAGCCUCAUGUCGGCAUCGCCAGGGGAUCCACGCCCUCCCUUUCUGUAUGCGGCACCCCACGAUCGCACGGGGGCAUGGAGGUCCCCACUGGUAUUGCAGACAUUCGCCCUUCACAUCAGGCGCGCGGCAGUGCCGACGGCCUGGGGCGCGGCGGCGGCCAGUGGUCACGGUGACAAGCCUCACGCACAGGCUGCAGAAGAUCGGCUGCCACCGUUCCCUGUUGGCGCACUCGCGUUGAGUGCCGCUGCGGUCGAGCGGGCGCUCUUCGUCUUCAAGGACGGAGAUAAUGCCAAGGAGAAGCGCGGGUCCGAUGGUAGUAGGCUCAAGAUACCCGGGGUCUCCUUUGAUGGGAUGUGGGCACCGCGGACGAGCGAGUUCGUCAAGAAGGGUACAAAAAUCAUUUCGGCAACGGGUUGGGUAAAGGUGUUUGACGCGACGGCCCCAUAUCUCCCUACUAAUAAUCCCCCGGCGCCGGCGACUAAUGGAGAGGCAACUCUCCCAACCAUGGGAGAGAUAGCCAUCUCUGACGAUGAAUAG